AUGUCAGAGAGAAAGAAGAAAAGUCUCACAAUCCUUUUCUAUUGAUAAAAAAAAAUAAUUUUUUCCUAAAAUUAUAUCAUUUAUUGAUAAAAAAAUUUUUGAGCCACAGAAUUAACGAUUUCUUAUAAAGAUGCUUUACCACAUUAUCACUGUCGUUCAGAAGUAACUUUUGGCAAUCUUCUAACACCUAGGCUAAAACCUAGAAUUUCUCUGGAUAAGCAUCGCAGCCCAAGUUCUUCUUUUAGCACAAGUGAAGCCAACUCCCCAAAUAAAAAAGCAGCCUCUAGUUUCAAUGAUGCAUGCUCCCGCACAAAUAAGAAGGAAAAACAUAUUUUUAAGGAACUAGAAACAAUUAUUGAGAGAAAUAGCAACCUUAAAACAAGCUUGCAAAAAAGUUCUUUAGAAAUUGAACUAAAUAAAAAAAGUUUACUCUCAAUUAUAUAAAUUUAAAUUUUGGAAAAAUAAUAGUCUUUUACUAUAAAUAUAUAUAAAAAAGUAUAUGGCUUAUAUGAAUGAAAGGCUUGCUAGUAUGAAAAUAAUGCUCACAAAAUUUAAUUGUAAAAUAGGAUGCUAAUUAAAUGGCCUAAUACUAUAAUUUUAAGAUAAGGCAUAACUAUUGAAAGGAUGCAGAAAGAGAUAAAUGAAAAAAACUCUAAAAUUUUUGAGCUUGAAAAUCAAAUAAAUGACAUGUUAAAAAAUAAAAACUUUUGUGAGGCUCAGCUUUCGAAAGGACAAUCGAAAAAAAUGGAAGAUUAUGGUGCUGAAAAUAUGGAAAACACAAAAAACGUAUAUUCUAAUUAUGAGCCUCAAAUAGUGAUGGAUUUUUUAAGCAAUAAAGAAGAACAAUACAAGAAAAAAAUUGAUGAAGUUACCGCUGAAAAAUCCAAGCUACAAAGUAAAGUAAAUGAAAUGGCAAAAAUUAUAUAUAAUUGUCAAAGAGAAAAUAGAAUUCUAAAAGAAAUGAGAUCCCAUUUAACAAUCAUUACUGAACAGCAAGAAAAUCAAGUUUUCUUGAACUUGCUCAUUGAAGAAAAUGAGCUGUUGAAAGAAGAGAUACAAAGCCUUAGUGAAAAAGCUUCAGAAAUCCCAAACAAUAAGGUUUCUGAAUUGGGAAACGAUUUGUACAUUAUAAUGAUGGAACUUUCUCAACUACUGAAAAUCACAAAUGCUAUGUAUACAGAACACAAAGUUGAUUUAGUUUUUUUACUCGGAUUAACAGAAAGAAAGCAAUUAGAUACAGGGAACCAAUGGGAAAAGUGCAGAAUAAUGGCAAAAAAUAUAAAAUCAGAUAUGGAUGAACUUAAAAAAUUGAUAUCUGAUGUCUAUGCAGAAAAUUGUGGAGAAGGGUGUUCUGUUAAGUAA